AAAGCGGCAGGCAAAGCGCUAAUUUUUGGUGGGAAACUGUUUGGUGGGAAAGUUCCCACAUCUCGGCAACACGCGCUGUUAAAUAGAGUAGGAUAUUGGUGAAAAACUUAUAAUGCCUUCCGAAACGGUUUCGCGUAAUCAGGCUACCAUCCAGCAGAAGUGUUUACAGGUAGCCAACAGGCGGACACAGCUGUUGCAGGACUUUCCGCAGUUCGCUACCUAUCGGUAUGAGCAGGAUGGCACGGAGAAGGAACUGGUGAUACAGUUCAAGCGGCGCGAAGAGGUACCCCAGCCGACGGUACAGUGGGCUUUCAAGCUGGCCGAGCGUAACGUGGGCCCACAGUACCGGGCCUGCAGCCUCGGUUGGCAGCCCAAGAUAAAGCAGAAGGAUCUCAGCAAACCGUGGGCACGCUACCUGUUGGCCGUGGACCGCGCGACCGGCAAGCCCGUAGGAUAUACGAUGUUCCGGUUUGAUCUCGACUACGGUCGUGCCGUGCUUUACUGCUACGAGCUACAGAUCUCGGCCGAAUACCAAGGCCACGGGUUAGGUGCGUUCAUUAUGCAGGCAUUAGAGCAGGUCGCUCGUGGUUUGUCGCUGGAGCGUCUCGUGUUGACGGUGCUGAAGAACAACGAGGGCGGUAUGCGGUUCUACCGACGACUAGGCUACGAAAUUGACGAAACCUCACCGGACAAGCUGGAGGAUGCACCGUAUGAAAUUCUGAGUAAAUCGAUGCUCGGAUAAAAGGAGGUAACGACGAGGAUUACUGAGCCUGAUGAUUUUUGUAGAAAUAGAAACAGAUGGUCUUUCAGGGAGUUGUUACCGAUCACGGCCGUUCCGAAAACUAUAAAAGCACAGCUGGAGACGGCAUUCCCUGAUUAUAGAAAUGGUUAACAAAACACGAGCAAAACUGAACACUCCACAAGCGAAGGAAUUCAAGAAUUUUCAUUGAACUCUACUUUCAAAGCCAUGUACGUAACGAUGAUCAAACGGAUAUUCUAGGAUAUCAAUUUAAAGCAUAAGGAAAAGGGGGGAAAUUUCUGAAAAUUCCUGGAUCAAUGAAUGGAGAGAAUGAAUAGCACUAGACAAAGCCACUUCGUAGAGACUGAGCCGACUCUCAUGAGGACGGUACUGAUACCACAAAGCAUAAUUUCACAUAAUAAUCACACAAAUGGAAAAGAUUAGCUAGGACAAAGUAGCAGCAACGUUUGGAAAAUUAAUUUUUUAAUGAUUUGCACCAAUACCUUCUGUUCAAAUCUCCAUGAUCAAAAAUGCUGUGAGAAAAAGUGACUUUUAGGUGAAAUCCACAAACAUCUUCUCAUUGGAUAUCCUCCUUCAGAUUUUAGCAAUUUUACAAUUUUGAUACUUUUUAGAUUUUCGAUCUUUUCUACCUGAUCUUGAUCGAUUUUGGGACGUUUUAAAUUUCGAUUCGAUUGUCACACUAUUGCGUUGCAAAAUGCGCUGAUACAUGCGCCGAGUAUCUGAAUCUAAUUUCAUAUUAUACCUUUUAAUACAGUGGAAAAAAAUAUACAAUUUACCAUGUUAGCAUAUGGCGUCAUCAAAUCAUUACAUUAGCUUAAUGCAUAGGUUUUUAAUGUCACAAAAAAUAUUGGCUAUUGAAUCAGUUUGGAUGAAAUGCUAUCUUAUAUCACCAAAUAUAUCGGAUUGUUACCAGCUCUGUAUGUAAAUUGGACAUAUUUGAAUUAAAUGGAUUCUUAAAUGAGACAAAUAGAAUAAUAACUAGACAAGAAUAAUUCAGGACCGUGUAAAGUAUGAUUAAUAGAUUGAUAAAACGUAUGAUAAUGUAAGAGACUAAUAAAGGUAAUGUAAGAAAUAGAUGUAUUGAUUUUCUAGAAAAAUGAAAAGGAAUACAAGCGCGUGGACUGGUUUAACUCUGCCGGUUAUGUUGAAUAUAAAAUAUGUAAAACGUAUAGGUUAAUUAAUUUUAAGGACUAGGAAAGAGAGCCAAAAUACCCUUUCUAAUGACUGAAGUAGAACCAUCGACGAUAAAAUGAUUUCGCGUGAGGCAUUGGCUUUUGAACAGCAUGUCGGGCAACCACAUAAUUAUGGGGAAAAGAAUUAAGGAUGCAGAACACGAGUAGAGAACAAUUUUACACGAAAAAGCCGUAAUGAAACAUCUGAACAGACUCUCAUCUAAAUAAGGCACUAACCGAAUACUAAUUUCAAUUAGGAUACUUAUUAAAUAAUCUCGUG